AUGAAGGAACAUGAUGUACAAGCGGUAGAGACGCGCGCACAGGUCAAGAAGAAAGAAAGUGUGUUCAAGUCGCUGAAGAUACCGGAUUUUAUGACGGAUAUGUGCAGUGUGGAAGAUCUGAAGGACGAACAACAGAGAGUCCCAACAUUAGCGAAGACUGAUGAUUCAGCUGAUGAUUCCGUUGAUGAAUCCUUUGAUGGUUCCGCUGUUGAGUCAGCUGAUGAUUCAGCAGAUGAUUCCGUUGAUGAUUCCUUUGAUGGUUCCGCUGAUGAUUCAGCUGUUGAUUCCACUGAUGAUGCAGAUGAUGAUUCUGUUGAUGAAUCCUUUGAUGGUUCCGCUUAUGAGUCAGCUGAUGAUUCAGCUGAUGAUUCUGUUGAUGAAUCCUUUGAUGGUUCCGCCGUACAGUCAGCUGAUGAUUCCUUUGAUGGUUCCGCUGUUGAGUCAGCUGAUGAUUCAGCUGAUGAUUCCGUUGAUGAUUCCUUUGAUGGUUCCGCCGUACAGUCAGCUGAUGAUUCAGCUGAUAAUUCCGUUGAUGAUUCCUUUGAUGGUUCCGCUGAUGAUUCAGCUAUUGAUUCCACUGAUGAUGCAGAUGAUGAUUCCUUUUAUGGUUCCGCUGAUUAUUCAGCUGUUGAUUCCACUGAUGAUGCAGAUGAUGAUCCCGCGGAUGAUUCCAAUUAUGAUUCCAUUGACACCGUCUUUGAAUUUAAGACCAUGGCGUUGACUUAG